AGCUGUUGAACGCUCAACCGCUCCGAUCAGACCUGCCGAGUUCGCGUGACGUACAUGACCUUCCCGACGGAAGGUCGAGGUGUGUGGGCGGCAAUGCUGUGUGCUGUCUUUACGAACCUUUUCUUGGUGCUCAGCAAGAUCAUGCAAGGUGACGGAUGGCCCUUCUUCUUUGUAGCCGGCUCUGCAGCUCUCUGUGUGGCCGCAGGCUUGGUUGUGUUCAUGAUUUGCCAGGACUCCUAUCACCUACAGCGCCGUGAGGUGAAGUGGGUCAUUCUGCGUGGUCUUUUUGGCUGCGCCAACAACGUGCUGAGCGUUUCAGCCAUACUCGCGGGCGCGCAUAUCGGCUCGGUGGGGGCCUUGUUAAGCGUGAACACCGUGGUGGCCGCCUUGCUGGGGCGAUUAGUCCUUGGAGAGGCACUGGGGAAGUUGCACAUCCUGGCAGUCUUCUUCUCUUUGGCAGGUGCCAUAUUGAUCUCAGAUCUGGAUCAGGUGAUCAACUUAGACUCCACGGCCAUGCUGGGGAACGCCUUGGCGCUGUCGGCGGGCGUUUGCCUGGGCUGUAUGUUCAUCAGCUCUCGGAAGUCGGGCUCCGCGUCCUCCACCAUGCUGACGGCCUCCGCGAUGGUGCAGCGCUGGGUGGUUUGCUGGGCCUUGGCCAUUCUUCCUGUGGUACCAGAUGGUCAUUUUGAACUCCUGUGGAGCUCGCCUGAGAAGACCCUUGUCUUCUUGGCAUCCUGCAUCUUCCUUCUGUUUGUGUCGAACCUGGCGCAAAGUAUGGCAGCCAAGCUUUGCCCUGCUGCGUUGAGCUCCACGCUCAUUACGGGAACUCAAAUGGCUAGCGGCUUUUUGCUUGACGUCUUUGUCUUUCACAAGGUGCCAAAGGCCCUGACUCUGCUGGGUGCCUCCUUGAUGUUCUUCGCCGUGAUCACCAUGGCCCUCACGCGUCUGCCACGACGCGCGCGAGUCGCGGAUCCUCCGCAGCAAGUGCCUCCGGCGGAGGCGGAGGCGACGGUGGACACGCCCAAGAGCUUGGCGUCCUUCGCCGCCUCCGAGUACGCAGAAAGGGAGGUGGAGCACCUCUCCGUCCCUCGGCAGCGUCUGGCCAACCUGCAACGAGUCUUUGGAAUGCAAACGGCGAUGGCGUGAGAUGGGCCGAAGUUCUUUCACUUGCUGAUUUGUUACAGAAUGAAUGAUGAUUUUGAUCCCAGACUCUUGGCACAAAUCUAGUCCGAAGCGAGAUGCGGUUUGGACCUUACUUGAAACCAGCCUUAGGAUUUGAUAUGUGCCAACUGUCAGGAAGGCUUUCAAGCUGCUUCAGAAGCACCCCGGUGCUUCCAGAUAUGGUGAUUGAAAGUAUUUGGAAGCACAGGGUAAGGCAGCAGCAGCCCGAAUUUAUUUUAUACAGCAAAGCCCGCUUGGAGGCAAGGGGCACCAAGUGCUUGAGAAUGCAUUAGGGUUACGAAGGCCCUAGAACUAGCUUGAAC